ACCCCCGAGUCGCCCCCUCUCCUCCCCCCGCCCCCCCCUGCUCCAUCCUCCGCCACCGCCCGAGCAGCUGCGGGGCCGCCACCACCGCCGCCUUUGCAGGCUGAGUCAUCACUAGAGAGUGGGAAGGGUGGCAGCAGCAGCAGCAGCAGCAGCAGCAGCAGCAGCAGCAGCAGCAGCAGCAGCAGUGAAUCCAAACCCUAAAACUGACCUGCAAAGCACCAUUUCUCCAAGUUGGGGGGCUCAGAGGGGAGCCAUCAUGAGCGAUGUUACCAUUGUGAAAGAAGGUUGGGUUCAGAAGAGGGUUUUCAUACACUUAUUUUAAAAUUGUAAGCAAGAGAACCUAAUAGAGAGAAUACCAUCAAGUGAUAAGCUUUCAUAGGAGAAUAUAUAAAAAACUGGAGGCCAAGAUACUUCCUUUUGAAGACAGAUGGUUCAUUCAUAGGCUAUAAGGAGAAACCUCAAGAUGUGGACUUACCUUAUCCCCUCAACAACUUCUCAGUGGCAAAAUGUCAGUUAAUGAAAACAGAACGACCAAAGCCAAAUACAUUUAUUAUCAGAUGUCUUCAGUGGACCACUGUUAUAGAGAGAACAUUUCAUGUAGAUACACCAGAGGAAAGAGAAGAGUGGACGGAAGCUAUCCAAGCCGUAGCCGAUCGAUUGCAGAGGCAAGAAGAGGAAAGGAUGAAUUGUAGUCCAACCUCACAGAUUGAUAAUAUAGGAGAAGAAGAGAUGGAUGCGUCUACAACCCAUCAUAAAAGAAAGACGAUGAAUGAUUUUGACUAUUUGAAACUACUAGGUAAAGGCACUUUUGGGAAAGUUAUUUUGGUUCGAGAGAAGGCAAGUGGAAAAUACUAUGCUAUGAAGAUUCUGAAGAAAGAAGUCAUUAUUGCAAAGGAUGAAGUGGCACACACUCUUACUGAAAGCAGAGUACUAAAGAACACCAGACAUCCAUUUUUAACAUCCUUGAAAUAUUCCUUCCAGACAAAAGACCGUUUGUGUUUUGUGAUGGAAUAUGUUAAUGGCGGAGAGCUGUUUUUCCAUUUGUCGAGAGAGCGGGUGUUCUCUGAGGACCGCACACGUUUCUAUGGUGCAGAAAUUGUCUCUGCUUUGGACUAUCUACAUUCUGGAAAGAUUGUGUACCGUGAUCUCAAGUUGGAGAAUUUGAUGCUAGAUAAGGAUGGCCAUAUAAAAAUUACGGAUUUUGGGCUUUGCAAAGAAGGGAUCACAGAUGCAGCUACCAUGAAGACAUUCUGUGGCACACCAGAGUACCUGGCACCAGAGGUAUUAGAAGAUAAUGACUAUGGCCGAGCCGUGGACUGGUGGGGCUUAGGUGUUGUCAUGUAUGAAAUGAUGUGUGGAAGGUUGCCUUUCUACAACCAGGAUCAUGAGAAACUCUUUGAAUUAAUACUAAUGGAAGACAUUAAAUUCCCCCGAACACUCUCUUCAGAUGCAAAAUCAUUGCUUUCAGGGCUCUUGAUAAAGGAUCCAAAUAAACGCCUUGGUGGAGGGCCAGAUGAUGCAAAAGAAAUCAUGAGGCAUAGUUUUUUUUCUGGAGUAAACUGGCAAGAUGUAUAUGACAAAAAGCUUGUACCUCCUUUUAAGCCUCAAGUAACAUCUGAAACAGACACCCGAUAUUUUGAUGAAGAAUUUACAGCUCAGACUAUUACAAUAACACCACCUGAAAAGUAUGACGACGACGGCAUGGACGGCAUGGACAACGAGCGGCGGCCACACUUCCCUCAGUUCUCCUACUCUGCAAGCGGACGGGAAUAAGUUCCUUUCAGUCUGUUUCUACACUGUCAUCUUAGACUUUGCCACUGAGACUGAUUCCUGGACAUCUCUACCAGUCCUCGCUCUUACAGUUAGCAGGGGCACCUUCUGACAUCCCUGACCAGCCAAGGGUCUUCACCCUCACCACCUCUCACCCACAUGAAACCAUAUACACAACACUCCAGUUUUGUUUUUGCAUGAAAUUGUAUCUCAGUCUAAGGUCUCAUGCUGUUGCUGCUACUGUCUUACUAUUAUAGCAACUUUCAGAAGUAAUUUCACAAUCUUUGGGAGUCAUGAGCCCAUCGUUCAUUUGUGCAUCAAGUGUCAUCUUUUGGUUUUUGGUUUUCCCUAGCAGUGAAGGCUAAAUGAGAUACACUGAUUCUAGGUACAUUGUUAACUUUCUAGGAGAUAAAUCAAGAACUAAUUAGACUAAGAAGAUUUAGUUUAUAUUUCUGAACAAGCAAUUGUUGAAGGGUGGUGGUGUGUGUAUGUAAGAGUUUAGCAGUGUAUGUCUGACCAGCACAUGAAGUGUGUAUCACUGACAUUUGGCUGGAAAAUCUUAGGAAACAUUGAGAGGACUGAAGGGCCAAUGAGAUACACAUGUUUUUUUUUUUAAAUUCCUGCUGGCUAUUGUGGAGGAAGCCCAGUGCCACCUAUGGAUGCCCAGGUUUCAAGGGCAAAUGGACAUUGUUCAACCAAGUACUGACGGUGCAGAGUCCCCUAGAGAGUCUUAGGAUCUACUUUGUACCAGAGAGUAUUUUCCCCUGGGCUUGGCAACCUUUUUCCCUUCUUUAUAUUUAUCACCUCUGAUGGCUGAAGAAUGUAGACAGUAUAAUGAUCCUGCUGUCGCCAAAAUCUAUACACCAAGGUGAACAGGUGUUUGCCUUACCAGUUUGAAGUUUUUACUUUCAGUUAUAGGUAAAUUAGCUUUUUCUCAGAUGUUAAAACUUUGAAUGUCCUUUAUGGGUUUGUUUAUAUUACAGUAGUAUUUAUUUUUUAGUGAUGAGAAUUGUGUUGUCAUGUUAGCAAGCGCAGCUCCAAUUCACAGGUCAUUGCCUGCGUUUUCUUUUGACCCAUGUGCAAGGAAUGUACACACCCAUUAGAAUCAUGCACUUUUUCUCCUAUGUUAAAAACAAUGGUAAGGCUCUGGGACUGUAUCUGUUGGCUAGAAUCUGGCUAGAAUCUCUGGGAGAAGAGAUGCUGUGAUUUAAUCCCUUGGAGCUGAAAUGAGAGCAUCCCCAACUACCCAGUGCCAAGGGAUGGAUGUGAGAGGAUAGCCUGGCAGAAAGUAAUGGAGAAAGCUGAGACCCAAAUGAUGAUGAGAAAUGAACUCUACUCGGAAAAAUGAACACAUCACAAGUAUUCACACAAUAGGAAGUAAAGGAUAAGAAGCUGAUGUGUUUAUUCUUAUCAAGGUACAUUCAUUACUGAAUCAAGCCAUCAGGGAAAACAACAAAACAAAACACCUCUAGCUUUUAUUUUUCUGUACAUAUUCAUGUCUCCCAACCCAAACAUUUCUCACUGAGAGGGGACAUGUAUGCAAACCUCAUCUUUCUCCUUCAUUAAUGAUGAUCUUCAGAUUAACCCUUUGGUGCUAGGAGCUGACACUUUCCAAAGCAGACUAUGAAGUCCAAGGAUCAAAGCCUCUCUUGCAGCAAGCAAGAGGGCAACUGCUGCUCCAAGGAGUGAUCAUGGAAAUGGAUUCCAGUUACUAACUGACAGCUCCAAAUGGAAGACUACAGUGUGACAUAGUGUUACUGCAUUGUCUUUUUGAGUAGGAAGUCAUGUUCUCAUGCAGGUGUCUUGGCCUCUAGGCUCAGACUUAGAGAAGCAGAGCCGCUGCUGGCAGUGGCUGGCCGCUGGGACUGCUGGGGUGUAAAGGGCAUUUUCCUAAGGCAGCUAAGACAGACUCAGACACAGAUUUUUGUCCUAAUUUUUCAUGUUUCUACCUGGGUGAGUUUACCCUUAGUAGGAAGUAGGGAGUUAAACAGGUGUAUUCUUACAUCUGCUGUCUUCUGUUUUCCUACAUAGAAGUAUGUUGAAUCUUUCACAUUGACAAGGAAGUAGAUUAGAUGGUAAGUCCUUUAAGUUACCUUGCAUCCAUUCUGUAAGAAAGGAGUAGGAGAGGAAGAAAAGCAAGCUGAGCCUGGCCGAUGUUGAGAGCAUUACUCCCUCAGAGGGAGCAGACACUGUACACUAAGCACACAGCUUCUUUUGUGUUGUCUCUCCCUCCAAGUCUUAAGAUAAUUUCAUGACCUUGGCCAAGGAUACUUUGUGAAGAUUAAUGAGGGGACAUUGGCAAUGCCUCAGGCUGGCCACUCCUCACACUGGCCCUUGGUCCCCAGCCAUUCAAAGGGUUACUCAUCCCACCCCUGACUACCUGAGUGUCACCACAGGUGGGUUCUUGGCUUUGAGUUCAAGAAUUCUUUCCUUACACCCUCCACCAGAUGUCAGUGGAAAGGCAGAAGUACAACAGAGGUGUGGGAGGAAAGUCUAAAAACUUGUGUUGCCCAGGCCUCCAGCUUAGGGUUCUGGCAAGUAAGACGGCCUGAAACCUGGCAUCAUCAUGUCCGGGCAGCUCUGGCUUUGUGAGUCCAGCUCCUACCAACUCCACCUUGACCUCUUGUCUCCAUGCAGGNCUGUCUGGGAGGAAACUGGCCACUUCUGCUCAGACUGCUGCCAGCGCUCUCACAGCUUUGCUCUCUACACUAAUGACAUAGAUUAUUCCAGUAUUGUUCCCAUUUCCCANCUGACCUCCAGCUUCUCGGAGCUGACUUCUUGCAGGGGCCACAUGCUUCUUUCCCUCACUAACUGCAGGGUCUCCACCACACCUCAGUGUACACACUUUGUCUGUACUACCGUCUGUACUGUCUACAUCACAGUUCCCUUAGCUUGCUCCUGGUAGUGCAUUACAGGCAAGCAUGAAAUGUAAAGUAUUUAUUUAAAUAAAAAGGAAACCUCUGAAUUGGUCAUCGAGUCACCUCCCUGUAGAUUUGUAGUCUGUGACAUAUUUUGACUUUCUAGUUCUGCUAGAUCCAUAUAAGAUCUGGUCAUCUGGUUAAGGGUUUGAAGCAGACACAGCUAUGAACCCGGAUGGUAUCCUCACUGUCACGGCUGGCCACACCACAGAUGUUUAUGUCCUUACGUUUAUGACCCACAGGGUGCGAAGUAACUCCCAAGAACCUGAUUUUGUCCACUGUCCACUCUCAGUGUCUCACACUCUCUGAUAGGGAGGGAGACACAUUACUUCCUUCCUACAGACAGCUGAAAUAAAGCCCUAUGUCAAUCUGC